AUGAGGUUCGUCGACUUCGCCAUCGACCUCGCUGCAGUGCUCAAUGCCUCUCGUGGCAUCGCCGCCAAGCAUGUCGCUCUUCGAGGUCGUCAGAUCGACACUUACAGCCGGACGUCGAGCGUUGUUGCGGCGUUAAGAAAACGGAAUGCUCAGAAAAGCCCACCGACAGCAGACUAUGUACACAGUGCUACGAGGCCGAAUGAUGAUACGAUCUAUGAGCAGGCCGCACCGGCUGCACAGCAAACGGAACCUAUCGUCGAAGCAUCGGAAGACAGACAAAAUAUCCAACCAGAAUUUACAAGAACCGACAGAUUUCAUUUCGACAGUUCAAUCCUGAAUCCCAGGCCAAUCCCACAGCAACAAGUUACGUCAGAGCCAGCCAAGGAUGAUGAUUUUGAUCUACCACCCGGAGUCGAUGUUAAUAUCUUCCAUACGGCACGAGGUUCCAAGGUUUUAGAUUCCCUAAGAAAGCAGGGCAGACCUGGUACAGCGCCUUUUAGGCCUGGGGCUGGAGGUCCUGUGGAAGAGCAUCCCAUGAGAAAUUGGCCCCCUCAUCCACCUCCAGAGUUGAGCUUCGAAGCGCAACCCGAGAAGCCCCAGGAGCCGGUUACGAAGCAUGUGGAACCUACGGAGCCCGCAAAGCUCGUAGAGAAUGAGGUUCCUAUUGCGCAGGAGGAAAUUCAGGAAGAGAAAUCCAUAGAAACGCCUGCGCCUGAACCAGAAAAGGCCCCUCCGGUCGUUCCUGAAGCUGAGACGAAGAUCGACGAAGACGUCAUCCAAGCCGCAAAAGAGAUUGCUGGAGAUGCAGUAGCACCUUCAGACACUCCACAUGCUCUGAGAGAGUCCAGUGUUCCCUCAUCGCGCAUUAGCCGAAUAUGGAAUUACGGUGGUCUUGCUGCUGGUAUGCUGGGAGGUGCCAUGACUGAAGGUUUUAGCCGUGCCUUUGGCGGCGGUGGUCAGGGAUCUGUUCUCUUGAGCGAGAGGAACAUGGAGCGUCUGGUUGCGAAGCUCUCACGCAUGCGUGGCGCUGCUCUGAAACUUGGUCAGAUGAUGAGUUUCCAGGACACCAAGAUGCUGCCAGCCCCUAUCCAGCAGGUCCUUCAGCGCGUUCAGGAUCGUGCUGACUACAUGCCCGCUUGGCAGCGUGAUCGUGUGCUCGUCGCAAACCUUGGUCCUGAGUGGAGAGAGCUCUUCAGCGAGUUUGAAGAAACGCCUAUUGCUGCCGCUUCAAUUGGACAGGUGCACAAAGCAGUUUUGAAGAAUGGCAAGCGGGUGGCUGUCAAGAUUCAGUUCCCUGGCGUUGCCGACUCCAUCAAUUCGGAUCUCGAUAACCUGAGCAUUCUCCUCACAGCGACCAAGCUUCUCCCCAGGGGUUUAUAUCUUAAUAAGACGAUUGAUAACGCGCGACUGGAGCUCGGCUGGGAAUGUGACUAUGGACGCGAGCUUCAAUGCGCUCAGCGCUACAAGGAGCUUCUCGGCUCAAGCGAGAAAGACAUCUUCGUGGUACCGAACGUAUAUCCCGAGGCAUCGGGCAAGCAAGUUCUUACCAUGGAUUUUAUGGAUGGCAUCGGCGUGACGCGCAUCAAGUCAUUUACUCAGGAGCAACGUGACUGGAUCGGCACACAGCUUCUCCGACUCUGUCUCCGUGAGAUCACCGAGUUUCGUUUCAUGCAGACGGACCCUAACUGGACAAACUUCCUCUAUAACGCGGACGUCAACAAGCUCGAGCUACUCGACUUUGGAGCUUCUCGCGAGUAUCCCGACGAGUUUGUUACCCAGUACGUACAGCUUCUUGCUGCAGCCUCUCGCUCUGAUAAGGCCGCUGUCAAGGAGUUGUCUGAGAGCCUCGGCUACUUGACUGGCCAUGAAAGCCGCACCAUGGUUGAGGCACACACAAAGUCUGUUCUCACUCUCGCUGAACCCUUCCUUUCCAAUGCACCUGAUGUCUACGACUUCAAGGAUCAGACUAUUACAGAACGUGUGAAAGCACUCAUCCCUGUGAUGCUUCAAGAGCGACUUGCGCCUCCACCUGAGGAGACGUACAGUCUGCACCGCAAGCUCAGUGGUGCCUUUCUGCUGUGUGCAAAGCUGGGCAGUAAGGUCCCAUGCAAGGCGAUGUUUGAAGAGGCUCUCGCCAAAGGAGGCUACACUAGGUGA